AUUUAGGAACGCACGUCACAGCUAGAAGGAAAUAUCAUGUCAAUUCUGGAACACAUGAGCAGGGUAAAGUUUCUCAUUAUUUUACAGUUAAUGUUAGGUCAAGAUAAACUUUUCAUGCCUGGAUAUUUUGAGCCACUGCACUUUUGCAAUUAUUGCCAAUAUUUUAAUAAAUAUACAUUUUGUGUUUUAAUUUAAAUUAACGCUAAACUAUACUUAAUCUUGAUGUAACUAUACUAUAAUUUUUCCCCACAGAGGAUGAUCCGUUCUAAACAUUUGCCAAGUGUUGGCGAGCUGAAACAAAUGCAGGUAUAAUGCAAGUUUCUCAUCUUAUAGUUGUUUCUCAAUCAGCAACGAACUUCAUACGUACACUUCGUAUUUGUUGGUUUUAUUUCUAGGCUGAUUUAAACUUCAAAGAAAAUGAAAUGCAGAGAUCUCAAAAUACGUCACAUUCGUUACAGUCAGGUAUGCUGUAUUUUCUAUAUUUAUCAACGCUCUAUAUAUUAAGGAUUAAAUAUGAACACAUUAUGCACACUGCCUCGUACCCAGGCGUCUCUUUGUAAAAAAAUAGCGAUGCGCAUAUGACGAGUUUACAUGAAGCAUUGUAGUGGCGAGAGAAAGGCGAAGGGGCUGAUGGGAAGAGUUACAUGUACAAUUCUGGGGAAAGUUGUACGAAGGCCGGAUAGCUGCACCAUCCACCGCUUGUGACUUAUACUGGGUGAGAUGCCUAGAAAUACGGAAAUUUUCCCCUCAUCUUUAUUUCAACUAUUAUUAUUUGUCGUUACUCAAUUAUUGUUCUUUAUAGAACAUGAACGACUGCAACUGGAUUUGGACAAAGUCCAGCAG